GAAACUCAAAGAAGCCCCCCUCUCCUCCCAUUUCAAAACCCAAACGCUUUGCUCACUUCCUUUACCUCGCUCCCUCUCAUUUAUUUCCGUUGCCUGCUUUGCUUGCAGUAGCCAUCAAUAUCAUCCCCAAAUAGAUGGAAACAAAAUAGCUCCAACAAUUGCAGUUUCUCCCCUUCCUCCGCCGCCGCCGGUGUAAUUGAAUCGGAAAGCCGGUUAAAUCUACCACCAGGCGCAACCGCCCCCCUCCUCCCCUGCCGCUGCAAAAUGGACACGCCGCAGGUUCAGUCCGUGGACGAAGUGGUGGCCGAGAUAAUGAGAAUUCACAGAUCCUUGCCGCCGAGGCCUUCAAUCGACGAGGUGGAGGCGGCCAAGGACCUGAUCCAGAACGUCGACAAAGAAGACCAGGCCAGGCUGGAUGCAAUCUCCAGGCAGGGGAAGAGCUCCGAUGUCCCUGAAGAGCUCUUCUCCAUUCUCGUCGAGAUGCAGAAGACCUCCGUCGGUUUCCGGAGCAAGGACCAGAAGCGUGACGCCUUGAGGUUAUUGGAACUCGAAGGCCUCCACUCUCUGUUCGACGAUUUGAUCCAGAGAGCCUCCAUGUGUCUCCCUUCUUCUUCUUCGACCUCUUCCUCCGCUCCUUAUCGCACUAAUGCCCCAUCCUCUGCCGCCGCCGCCGUUGCUAAUGGAAGCAGUUCGUCGAAGCCUGCUUCCGCUUCUUCCUCUUCCUCCUCCGCCCGGACAACUACGUCCGCCUUGUACUUCUCGGAGAAACGGCCGGCAACGGCGGCAGCAGCAUCUGCGGCGGAUUUGGUUACCAGAGAUGACAGCUACGUGAGAAAGACCAAGCCAAUGUUCUACUCCGAAGGACCUGCAGCCGCUGCCGGAAUUGGUGUUCGUGAACCGACCGUUUUGGAUCCUACCCUGAGAUCCACAAUUACCGCUUCAGGUCAAGAUGGCGGUGACAAAUUGAGUCUGAUUAAGCUCGCCAGCGUAAUCGAGGUCUCGGCGAAGAGAGGCGCGACGGAGCUCAAUCUCCGUAGCCGGCUGAUGGAACAAAUUGAAUGGCUGCCAGAUUCAAUUGGCAAGUUAUCGGGUUUGGUAACCCUAGAUUUGUCAGAGAACAGGAUUCUCGCCCUGCCACCUUCCAUCGGCGGGCUCUCUUCCUUGACGAGAUUGGAUCUCCAUUCCAACAGAAUCGCUCAACUACCUGACUCCAUUGGAGAUCUACUGAGUUUGGUGUUCCUGGACCUCCGAGCUAACCAAUUAUCCGCACUUCCUUCCACUAUCGGAAGAUUAGUACGUCUCGAGGAGCUGGAUCUUACCUCCAACUAUAUUUCCACCCUUCCAGACUCAAUAGGAUCACUCGCUAGCCUCAAGAAACUAAGCAUCGAGACGAACGAGGUCGAAGAACUCCCACACACGAUCGGCCACUGUACUUCGCUCAAGGAGCUUCGUGCAGACUACAACCGGCUGAAAGCACUCCCUGAAGCUGUGGGGAAGAUAGGCACGCUGGAGGUUUUAUCUGUGAGAUACAACAAUGUCAGGCAGCUCCCUACGACCAUGUCGUCCCUGGAGAAUUUGAAGGAGCUCGAUGUUAGCUUCAACGAGCUCGAGGCAGUGCCCGAGAGCUUGUGUUUCGCCACUUCGCUUGUGAAGAUGAAUGUGGGGAACAAUUUUGCUGACCUCAAGUACCUGCCGAGGUCAAUUGGCAAUCUUGCGAAUCUGGAAGAGUUGGAUAUAAGCAAUAAUCAGAUACGGUUUCUUCCGGACUCGUUUAGGUUGCUUGCUAAGUUGAGGGUUCUGAGGGUGGAAGAGAAUCCCCUUGAGUUGCCGCCUAGGCAUGUUGCAGACAAAGGUGCUCAGGCUGUUGUGCAGUUCAUGGCGGAUAUGGUAGAGAAAAGGGACGUCAAGGCGCAGCCAGCCGUCAAGCAGAGAAAGAGUUGGGCUCAGAUGUGCUGCUUCUCGGAGUCGAAUAAAAGGAAGCGCGACGGCAUGGACUAUGUAAAAGCCUAGUCUGAUUUGACUGGAGUUGUACAUUUCACAGGCAUAGAGCAGCACUUGAUCGCGAAAGGCGAGUUACAGUUGACAUAGUGUCUCUGGCCUGCAAAGGUUCUGAGAUGAUGGCUGCUGCAAAUGAGCUAGUAAAAGCUCGUGCUAUGGUACAGAAGAACGAGAGAGCUGGUCGAGCAAGGUGCAGCUGCAGGUCGGUGGGCAAAUCUCAAUCUCAACAGCAAUGGCAAUUGCAGAACCCCCCUCCGGAAGUGUAGAAUUUGAUCAGCAUCUCCUCUGUUGGUUGCUGCUAUACGUUGUCUUUUAUUCCUUCUUCCAGCAAUUGUAUUAUCCUGUUUGUUUAUCUUCAUUAUUGUGGCAUACUGGGAAUAAGAUGUGGUGUAGUUUUAACAGUUAAAACAGUUGCAUUAAUUUGCUUUGUUCAUAAUUUGUCAUUACAGACUGAAAUCGAGAAGUUAACAAAUGGUUUCCCAGAUG